UUGGUGCUGCUGCCGGUCGCACACCCUGCCUGGGGUCGUCCGCACGUUCUCUCACUCGAGAUCGCACCAGUCGCUCUCCUCCUCGCUUGUUUGUGUUCGCUCGCUCGCCCACGUUGGACACUUUUUCGUGUGACACCUGCGCCCAGCUUCCGCUCUCGACUCUGGACCGUCUUCUUCACAGCAAACUAAGGUACGUGUGUCUUGGACGGGCCUGUUUUCCCCGCCGACCGACUGCAGAGCAGCGAGAAGAGACACGCACAUUACGCCCUGAUGCCUGUGGUGCCUGAUGCGGUGGAAAUUCUCUUAGCAUCAGCAAUAAUGUUCUUUGGUGUGUGUGCCUUGAUUAAAUUAAGGCGCGUCUCGCGAGUGUAAGCGGCUUUGCGGGCUGCUGCCGAGGCGGAGAACUCUCCGACUGGAUGACUCUUUGGGCUCAUCCCUCUUAAGAAUUGAGGCUGCGCUGCAAAACGGCCGGGCUCUCUGGAAUUCCGAGCAUCUCGCGUCGCUCUUCCCCGUGGCAAGGUUCUGUGAAGGAUAAAUCAUCUUCCUCCUCAGAUAUUUGAUUGAGAUUCUGAUCACGCCAGCAGCAGGUACCGAGCGAGGAGACACAUCAGCGGCCAUAUUGAGGCGGCAUCUGCAGCCCGGCCGGCUUCCGUCGCGUCCCUAUGACUGACUCCCUCAUUUGCCAGAAAUGUGAAGAGUGAGCUGCUGCAGCGAUGAUGUGGUGGGUUUGGCUGCUCCUGUUGGCCUCCUCGGAAGGCAGCCUGAUCAACCCCAGCAGCGGAUCGCGUCCAGGCGGAGCUUUUGGCCGCGGCAACUCUUUCGAGGCAGACCUGGCCGCCGUGUUCAACCGCGUGGCCCACGGCAGCACGACCGCCCCCGCAAACUCAACAGCCGCCCCCGCAACCACCACGCUGGCCCCGCCGGCGGCCGCAGCUAGUGCGGACGCCGCGGCGGCGGCCGCCAGCACCAUCACCCCUCCAUCCCUAUUGGUGCCCGACCCGCCCGACUUCCUCAACAAUAGACCCCGGUUCAAACCCCCUCUGCCCCCCGAGUACAACAACCCCUUCGCGGACAAAGGCAUCCUGAGGGGCAGCCAGUCCGAAGGGCCGGCCACCGGCACCGGCCGGCGCCAAAAUCCACCCCCUAAACCACCCAUCAGGCCGCUGCCGGACAUCCAGCAGCGCAUCCCCUACCGUCCGCCUGACCUGCCAGCCCAGGUCGACCGCAAGAAGCCCCUCAACACCCCCUCCAACCCUGAACCGACGGCCAAUGAGGUGCACAGUAAUGACACAGACCCUUCCGAGUCACCAUCCCUCCCGGCCCUCCAUGUCCCUGUUAUCACGCGGAUCAUGUCCGAGCACCAUGACACAGACCGUCCGGCCGAAAAGAAGCCGCAGACCAACUCCAGUUCGUCCAGGGUGUUGCUUGACCUGGUCAAUAAGGACUCGAUGAUUGACAUCCAAGCGCCGCCGCCGACCUCGGAACCGUCCGAGUCGCCUGCCGUGGCCACUGAAAAGCCCGAGGCCACCGAGCACUGGCCGAAAGAGAUUGGUCUGCUGGCCUGGGACAUCAUGGUGUACACUUUGGCCAGCCUGUUCGCCCUGCUGGCCGUGUACGCCUUCGCGGUCAGUCCGUUCAGGGCCGCGGACAGUUUGGUCAGCCACGGCUCCUAUUGCUUCCUGCACCUUUUCCUCUUUGUCCUGGGAGUGUCCCGCAGCGCCUUCCUCUUCUAUGACGCGUACAACCUGCGGGGGACGUUCAUCCCCAUCCUUGAGUCAAUCGCCCUGGACAUGGCGUUCCCGUGUCUGUUCGCCGCCUUCACCAUCCUCUUCUUCAGCCUGGCCCGCAUGACCAAGGUCCAGUUGUGCCACUCGGCCUUCCAGACACCCGCCUUUCUCUCCCUCCUGGUCGCCCUUGACGUUCUCCUCUUCGGCCUGCUCGAGUGGGUGGCCCAGGUGCUGGACCUGAUUGAUUUCCUGGUCAGCGCCCUGCGCGCCCUGCCCCUGCUGGGCCUGCUGGUGGCCGCCCUGAGCUUCGUCAUCGCCUUCCGCUGCGUCUACCGCGCCGCCCGCCGUCUGCAGGGCGAUGUUCUCAGGGCCAACUUUGCCAAGAUGGGCGCCUUGCCCCGGCGGCCGCAGCUCAAACUGGCCGCCCGACUGAUCCUGGCCGCCGCCGUGCUGAUCCUCGUCCUCUGUCCGGUGCACGUCUUCGUCCUCUUCACCGGCCAGCGGGGGCAGCAAGACCUGGUUUUCUGGUCAUGCCAGUUGGCCGCCAGAGUCCUCGAGCUCACCGUGGCCUGUUUGCUGGCCACCGUGGCCUGGCUGCGUCGCUCCGAGGUGCCCAACAACCGCGGCCACGGCGCCUGUUGUUGCUGUUUCCGAUCUCAGGAGAGCAAAUCGGUUGACGACCUGUUCCCGGCCAUCUGCAGCAAGAACAACGCCAUCCACAACUACAGUCUGCACACCGGCAAGGCCGUCUACGAGCACGCCAAUACGUUGAAGCCCAUUUACCCGCGGCCGGCGGCCACCACAAGUCUGAAGCGGCCACCAAAAAGCGGCACCAUGCCCAGUCAGCGGCACCAACAGCACCGACUCUCCGGCAAAUCCGCUGAACUGUACCCUGAGGAGGCGCUGCACUUCCGGCCAACAACUGAUCAGGCACGACACGAGGCCCUGACGGCCUUCAACCUGUCCGACGACUGCUACCAGCAGGUUAACAACCGACGUUCGGACAGUCUGGGCGACGUACGCGAAAAACAGGUGCGGCACCACCGGCGCGGACACCACCACCACCACCAGACCAGGCACUGCUACCAGCAACAAAAGAGUCUUCUGGAGCCGCCCGAUUCGCCGUCGAACCUCAGCUCGUACUCAGGCGGCGGCAGCAGCAGCGACCUGUCCGAGUCCGACCUGACCUCUGGAGGGUACGAAAGGGUCAGGGUGGCCAACCACAAUAAGAAAAACGGCCGCGCCGCGCGCUACCAGACGGCGAGUUGAAAGCGAGCGGCCGACGCCGAGCUGCUCCAGGAAUGGAAGAGGAAAUAAAAUGUGACUGUUUAACACGUGGCUGGCCAAUUUAUAAGAAUUAAUAAUUUAUAUAAAAAUCGACGUUCCCCCGACCGGAAGUAGAAAAGGAAUUUCCGAACAGAGAUGAACCAUGGUCCAAGAGACAUUUUAAUUGAAGACAUACGACUGAUGCAAAAAAUAAUGUGCUUGAUAAAUGCAAUUACGGGACGAUUAUGAAAAUAAUUGCUAUAAUGGUUUAGAGAGAAGCAGUGGAUAUAAAAUAAAACAAUCAGUGCAGUGAGUUGAAGGUUUUAAUAUCUCUUUUGUAUAUCAUAAAAUACGAUGAUUCAGGAGUGAUUGCGAGAGGAUUUAUUAAUUAUUAAGUAAGAUAAACCGUUUGAACCGAGAUAUUCGCUCAGAAGGGAAAAAAAUUUAAAUAUAUUGUUGGAAUGAAGUGAUGAAAAAGCAAAAACCAAGAGAGUGCGUGAUUUGACUUAUUAUGCAAUUAAAAACAGGUCCCUUUUAGAAGGCAGUUUGGAUGAGUUGUGGUAAAUAAUUAAAUAUAAAUUAUAAAAUAAAAAAACGGCAUCUUUUGAGGUAUAGGGAGUAUCAUUGUAUAAUUGCAGUCAUUUCUCGCUGUUCCUUACCAACACGCUCGAUUACUUAAUAUAACUUAAAGAAAAUACGCUGUAUUCAAAAAUAAUACGUACAACAAAUGUUGUCCACUUUGUGAAAAAAAUGUCAUCACCGCAAGAUUUAUGUGAACAAUUAUCACCUGCAGAGAUAAAUAAUAUAUAUAGUGAAAUUUGUCGUUAAUUUGAUGAGAAAGGAAAAUGUGUUUUGUGCGUUGAAACAAAGUCUGCACGUAGAAGUCAUUUUUUGGAAAGAAUCAAUCAGGAGGAUGAUACCUUUGUUUUCGCGGGUGAUGUUGAUUUGAAAGAGGGAGGAUAUAAUUACGGAUGGAUAAGAUAUCAAUGAUACCUUUUGUGAUACUUGAUUUCGCAGUCUUUAGAAAAUAAAAGAAUAAAACAACACCGUUCAUGUGACCAUUAACUUAUGCGUUUAUUGUAUAAUAUAAUUGUACAUCAUUAUCAAUGUCAAAAAUGAUUGAAGUUGUAAAAAAAAAUGCAUUUCGAAAAACAGUUCGAACAAAUGUAUAUCACUGAAGGAAAUAAAUUAAUUAAUCCUAUGUAAUUUGUGGUUUAAAAAACUUGUUUCAUUAAA